AUGACAGCGGCGUACUAUGGAGCAGGGAAGCAUCUCAGCGGUAUCGCCAAUGAAGACUAUGUGCCAAUGCUCAAGUCCAUCUACUCAACUCGACUACUGUAUGUGAUAGGAAUCAUGUUUGUCAAGCUCUCCUUGCUCUGGUUCUAUCUCCGUCUCGACCGUCACGGAUACAUGAAAUGGGCAGUAUAUGCCUUGACAUUUGUGGUGUUGGGAUUGUCAAUUGCGAGUGGCUUGGUUCUCGCCUUUUCCUGUUUCCCACCCGCCAAGUUCUGGGACCUAACUGGCACUGUCCCUGGGCAUUGCAUGUCGGCGACCUCCCAGCAAACCUUUUAUGAGGCCAAUGGUGUUCUCAAUAUUGUGACCGAUAUACUAAUCUAUCUAACUCCAAUUCCUAUGUUGUGGAAAGUGCAAAUGCCUUUGCGUAAAAAGCUUGCUCUCAUGGGAGUCUUUGGAGUUGGGGUUCUUGCUCUUGCCGCCGGUUGCGUGCGAUAUGCCUAUGUUAAGUUGCUAGCUGGUAACAAAGACCAGUACUAUGAGCUCGCUGAUUCUCUCAAUUGGUGCGGUAUUGAGAUUUAUGUUGCCAUUUGUUGCGGAUCUGCGCCUUCUUUCUCGGUGUUCAUCAAGACUUACGCCCCCCGUCUUUUUGGGAGUUACUAUGGCGACCAAAGAUACCAGACUUAUAGCCACUCUCAUGGAGAUCAACCGCUACAGCGCAUUGCGGAUCGAUCAAAGCAGGGCUGGUUAGCCCACGCUAGAGAUGACACUAUCAUACGCACUGGAAGCCAGGACGCCAUUGUGCCUAAUGGUGGAAUCAUGAUGAAGACGGAUUUCUCUACGGAGGUGGGGCCAUCUGAUCCAAUGGAGAAUCACAUGCGCAGAAACAAGUAUGAUGGAGGGUUCUAA